AUGAGCAAGGAAGAAACUUUAUCAAAGGAAGAACAAAUUCAGAAGGCCUUAUCGGAUCCAACUAAAAAGAGAAAGGCAGAAGAUGAGAUUGAAAUUGAUUUAAGUAGCUCAGUACCUUUAUCUAAAAAACAAAAACGUUUGUUAAGAAGAGGUAAGAUUACUUUGGAAGAAUUGAAUUCCAAAUUUAAUAUCGAUCCUGCUUCUAUUGCGGAAUAUAAAAAGGAAACUGAAGAAUCUAAGUCUAAUGAUGAAGAAUCUGCUGAAACUAAAGAAGAAGCCAAAUCUUCUGAAGUUGUACCAAAGGAUAAGAAGAAGAAGGAGAAGAAAAUUGGUGUCUGGAUUGGUAAUUUAUCCUUCGAUACCACCAAGGAUGAUAUUAUUAAGUUUAUUGUCUUAAAGACAAAAGAUAAUGAAGAGUCUACUAGAGUUACUGAAGAAGAUAUUGAAAGAGUUAAUAUGCCUUUAGCUAAAAAUGAUGGUAAACAAAUCAAGAAUAAAGGUUUCUGUUAUCUAGAUUUUAAGACUGAUGAAAAGAUGUUGGCUGUAGUUGCUUUAAGUGAAUCUCAAUUAAAUGGUAGAAAUUUAUUGGUUAAAAACUCUAAGGAUUAUGAAGGUAGACCAGACAAAAAUGAUUUGAUCUCAAUGUCUAAAAACCCACCUUCAAGAAUUUUAUUUGUUGGUAAUUUAUCCUUUGAUACCACAGAUGAUUUAUUAAGAAAACAUUUCCAACAUUGUGGUGAAAUUAUCAAAAUCCGUAUGGCUACUUUCCAAGAUACCGGUAAGUGUAAAGGUUUUGCCUUUGUCGAUUUCAAAAAUGAAGAAGGUGCUACUAAAGCGCUUACUGAUAAAAGUUGUAGAAAAAUUGCUGGUAGACCAUUGAGAAUGGAAUUUGGUGAAGAUAGAAGUAAAAGACAAGUAAAGAGAAGAGAUACCAGCGCCCCACCAAAGAGAGACUUUGACUUGAACACAAACAACAUUCCAGUUGUAUCAUCUAGUGAAAGAAAACCGGUAGAAAAGAAACGUGUAUCAAGACCAAGUAACAAACAAUAUGUUGAUUCUAAUAACAGAGUUAAGAGUAGUGUAGCUUUAGCUUCCGCUCAAAGAGCCUCUGCAGCUAUUGUUCCAUCUACUGGUAAGAAAGUAGUAUUUAAUUGA